AUGCGGUCAUUUGACAUUAUAAGUACUCAAACGCAACCUCCAUCACGAUUCAAUGGGAUCGCUAUAAUAUGUUGUACAUCUCAGAGAUUGAAAUUUCACAUAGGGUUGCAGAGGCCGCUUACGCAUCGUAUAAAAUUGUCUGUACGUCAACAUAGAAACUCAGCUAUCCACUCGUCAACACCAAUACAGCAAUCCACUAUAAUUCCACUGUACAUCGUACAUUGGCACGCAUUCAUGAAGGUGGUUAAAAGUUUUCAUCAAGAAGAAUCGAACGGCACGACAGACUCAAAUAAAAAUGCCGACGACGACAGCGUUUCCCUCUACAGGGCUCACUGA